AUGACCUCUCUCCAGCCUCGUGUGCCCUACACGGACGAGGAGCUCCGGAAGCUCUACCCGGCGGGAUUGGAGCUGCAACUCGUCCAGGUUCUCCUCCGCCAUGGCGAGCGUACACCGGUAUCAGCUCGCUUUCAGAAUGCGGGCCUCAGAGCGUUCUGGCCAUAUUGCUCAUCUGUACGGCAAUUGAAAUCUGCUGUGCUUGAAGGUGGUGCGAACAGCAUCGGACGAUCGUACUCGACUUUAGAAUGGAAGCGGCGCCUGGAGACGUUCGGAGCGAAUGAUGAGCCCGUUAUCGCUACUGGCCCAGCUGGGGAGCUAGAUGAUGUGUGCGACAUGGGCAGCUUGACCGACCUGGGCCGAGCUUCUACAUACGAGUUGGGCAGACGUCUCCGGACCCUCUAUGUGGACCGCCUCGGUUUCUUGCCCAAGACCAUCAGCUCUACGGACUUCCUCUACUUGAGAUCUACACCUGUGCCUCGUGCACUAGAGUCUCUCCAACAAACUUUCUCAGCCCUCUACCCGACCGCAACGCGUGAAGGGAGUGAGAGCGGCACCUUCCGGGCUCCAACCAUCAUCAUCCGUACUAACAGCGACGAGACGCUCUUCCCGAACGAUGGGAACUGUCGUCGGUUUGCAGCUCUCUCAAGAGCCUUCGCUCAGCGUACGGCUGACCGUUGGAACAAAACCCAAGAGAUGGAGUACCUAAACAAGCUCUACAGCAAGUGGAUGCCACCUGACUCCCCGCGUGUGGCUGUCGAUGGACGCCCUCGUCUGUCCGGUAUUAUGGAUACCAUCAAUGCUACUCUGGCUCACGGACCCGAAACUAGACUACCUAAAGAGUUCUAUGACAAGAAGGGUCGCGAGAUCAUCGAGACGAUCGGUGUUGAGGAGUGGUACAGCGGAUACAAGGAAUCCAAAGAGUAUCGCAUGCUGGGAAUCGGCGCGCUACUCGGAGACGUCACCGCCCGCAUGGUCGGCAGCGUCGAGAAGACCACGGCUGAUGGCGAGUAUGAGCUAAUGAAGACCGCUGGUCAGGGCAACACCGCGAUUAAGUUUGGCAUGAGCGGCUGCCAUGACACAACUCUCGCCGCAGUGCUCUCGAGUCUCGGCGCCUUCGAGACCAACAAGUGGCCGCCCUUCACCAGCCAUAUUGCCAUCGAGCUAUUUCGCAAGGCCGGAACUCCCUCAACUGUCGAGGAAGUCGGAGCCAUCACCACUGCAGAUGUUGCUGCUGCGUCAAAGCCGGGAUGGUUGGGCUCCUUCUUCCCUGCAAGAGCAUCAGCCGGCAAGCCCCCGCCGAGCAUCGGACGUAAACCAAGCGAGAAGUUGAGUCCUGCUGAGAAGAAGAAGCUGGACGGCUUUUACGUGAGACUACGAUACAACGAUGAGCCAAUGACCAUCCCCGGCUGCAAGACCCCCGGAAAUCACCUUGAGGGAGAUGAGAGCUUCUGUACUCUAGAGGCUUUCAAGUCGAUCGUGGACAAGUUCGUCCCUCAGGACUGGAAACAACAGUGCAGGUCGAACCGCGACGCUUCCGCCUUCCCCGAGAAACCAGAGCCGGCUGGCUAUUGA